AUGAUGCUAAAUGAUAUAAUGGACAGAUUUCUAAUCCGAUCAAACUGUGUCAAAUCAUACUUUAACCUAAAAAGCCCAAGAAAAGAUAAUAUCCACGACUUAAGUCUACCAUUACAUCAACUAUUACCAUUGAAAGAAUACACCAGUGAAUUAUUAAAGAACGAAAAGAUUCGAAAUGCUUGCUUAAAUAAGAACUUCAGCACUCCCGUUGGAGAUUUAUGUAUUAUUAAUAAAUUUGACUUUGACGACGCUCUGGAGUGGGCUAGAAGAAAUCCCUACACUAGAGCAGGUUGUUACGAUAACUUGUUUGUAACAAUGGCGCAUGAAGUUGGGUUCUAUGGAGAGAACACCAAGUUUGCUCUUCCAGUUCCAAUCCCGAAGAAACUCAUCCCUUCAGGUCAGGAGUAUGUAACUACUAAAAGAGAUCCACAUAAAAUUUUAUCUGAAAGAAUGAAGCAGUAUUCAGGCCAUGUAUUAACAGUUCCAAACGAUAUUAAGAAGUUCAUCCCAGAUUUUAAAGAACAACUCCAAAGUGUUAAACAAAAAUUAAAAAGUACGGGUGACCGUCUUUUAAUCACUGUUAAAAAGUCAGUUUCAAACAAGUUUACUAGUGAGAAUAUCUCAAAAAUGGUUUCAUCCUCAGUUAAGAAUCCUACCGAAUAUGCAGUUCAUAAAACUGGUAAAUACUCUGUUAUCUUCCCUUCAACUGAAACUGUUACAAAGCGUGACAAGUUAUGUGAUGUUCAAACAUUCCCAUAUUCUCCAUUCACUCUCGAAAUGUUGGUAAAAUUUCUUAAUGAAAAUGCACCCAGGGAACUUGAUAAACCAUUUUACGCAAGAUUUUUAAAGGAUUACAUUUAUAUUUCUCUUCCUGAAGGCCACUUUUUCGAGCCUGUCUAUAAAUAUGAUAAUAAAAGGUUUAAUGCUCCUGGUCCUGGAGAAUUUGACACUAAUGUGGGUGCUGAGGAAAUGCUUCUUUUAGAUGAGUACAAAGUUAAACCUGUGACUGGAUUUUGGGCUAAAAAGAACGAUUACUUCAUCUUCAAAAACAAUGAUCACCUUGUUAUAUCCUUUAAUAGAUCAAACAGUGCCAAGGAAAUGGACCCCAAGUUGUUGAAGGGUAUCCUGCUUGAGGAUGAGGUUUACAGUGAUAUGGCAAGAAAAGGUGGAAUCUGGGACAGAAUUGACGUAUCAAAUUCCUACAGUACUCACGAAGGAAAUCUCGUAUCUCACUUGACUCCUGAGGAGAGUAUGAAAACAGCCUACACUGUCCCACCUAUGAAUCAAUUUUGUUACAACUUUAAUAACAAGGAUGAAGUGCCGCACUGCAGGUAUUAUGAAAGGGGCAUUAACUACGGCGAAAACCACCCUAGAUACUUGAUGUCCUUUUAUCCCUAUGAGCUUUAUCAAAUCCAGCUUGACUUUAUGGAGAAGCUUGAUAAAGGCCACGUAUCAAUUUCUGAGGAUCCCUUGAAAAGGCUGGCCAAGGGUGAUAUUGAACACCGCUGUGAAGGUAACAGCGUUUCAACUUGGGAAGAGCCUGACGUAAACCUCCUUAAGAAAUUCACUCCUUCUGAAGGCUCUCGAUCCCAUAAAAGGAUUAGACCGCACGAACACUAAUACUAAUAUUCCAUUCAAACUA